AUGAGCAACAACGCUUCUUUCCCUGAUCGUCAGCGCGCAGCGCCCCAUCUCCCGUCGGCUUCUUUUAUCUCGCCGAAUGCUCAGAUGUUCACUGAGUCCGCUGACUUCAAUGACUUCGAUCUAAAUCAGAAUGACGAAUUCUUUCCCACCCAACAGCCUGACAUAUACGCGGACGAAAACAGAGAAUAUCGCUACGAUUUACUGAAUUCUCAUCAGCCUCAUGAGAAUUCCUAUGACGAGCAACUAGCGUCUGGAUGGCCUCUACCUGAAGAGCCCCAGCACUUCGGGACUCAUCCCCCACCGCUUUUUGACACCAAUGUCGCCCUCGAAAGUUCAAACGGCUUUGAGAAUGACUAUCUGUACUCUUCGGUCGGGCUGGAUCUGCCUCAUGACAAUGGGUAUCCUAUACCCCCGCCGAACCAGUCAGACAACGGUCAAGCUAUUGACGCCGGAGAAGAAGCAGAAGCUUCAAGAGUUGUGGACGCUACCAGCAAUUCUCUCUUUAACAAAGAAAAGCAAGCCAAGGCUGUGCUAAAAGAGCAGCGAAACCAAACCAGCGCAGCCAAGCAGAUGGGCAAAUCGGUCACCAUUUCGCAGACAGACACUGGAACCCAUAUUGGCGGCGUGUACUGGACCGCCCCCGCUGAUGACAACACUAUCCCUUCAUCUCCAACCGAGAUUAAUACAUGUAUCGCUACACUCACAAAGGCGAUACAAAACAGGGAGAAUUGUAGAGAAAAGACGACAACGGGCCAGCAUCGGAACCGUUGGCUAGCGGGAUCCACCUAUUACAGUGAGGAUCAGUUCAAAGCAGCGGCUCGCGAUCUGGUACUUGCUAUGGUCGAAAUUCACACAAAAGGGUGGACCAAAACCAUUUACGACAAGAGUGAGCGUGAGAACUGCCAGGUGACGAUGUUCUACACCUUCGAAGAUCGUUUCGAAGCCCUUUGCGAGCUUCUUCACUGCUCAAAGACGACGUGUCAGGACAUACUGAAGGGUACCCGAUUCUAUACUAUCAUCGGAAACCCCCGUACCCUUACCUCCCGCACAGCGACCAACAAAACUGCCAACGCGCACAAGGCCGGUCUGAUUGCAAAAGGCAAAGUGACUUCCAUUAGCGAGGAGCAACAGGCCAACAAGUCGCACACCGGCCUUGAGGAACGUUCUGACAAGAGAGAUCUUCCAGAGCCCACGGAGUCUCUUCAACCACGAAAACCUCCAAAGGGCAAGAAGCGGGCUCAUGAUGAUAUCCUUCAGGCAGAGGGUGAAGCGAGUGUUGACGUUCCCCGUCCAAAGGUGGCUGCUAAGAAGCGACGAAAGGCGUGA